GAAUUCUACAUGACAGUCAUAAAAACACUUAUGACCUGAUGGGAAUCACUCUCUUCCCUUCCCAAAUGGCAUUGUAAAGAGAUGAGCGGAAACAUAAACCUGUCAGCCUGGUGAAGCCAUGGCAGCGGGGGUGGAGGGUGGUGGGGCCUAUACAGUGGGAGUGGGCUUGUCCCAGAGUGGACAUCCCCAAUAUAUAUGAGGGACCAACAGCAGCACCAGUCCAGAGACCGACCAUCCCCACUACAUCACAGUCUGACAAGCUGCAGGGAAGGAUACAGACUGUGCUCAUCAGCUACAUACCUAAAGUGCCUGGACAUCGAGAGCUGUGGGUGCAUCAUGCGGGCGCGGAGUCUGCCAGUCCUGGCCGUGCUGCUGCUGUGUGCCCUCUGCACGCUGACGGAGGUGCGUGGCGACAUGAAGGCCGUGAAGCUGUGCGGCCGUGAGUUCAUCCGGGCUGUCGUGUACACCUGCGGAGGGUCCAGGUGGAGGAGGCUUCUCAACCAGCGAGACCUGGAGGGCAUGUCUGGUGGAGAGCAGAGCAGCAUGGAGGGCCAGGGUGACAGUCUGGCUUCAGACCUGAGCAAACGAGACCUGAACCACGUGCUCACCAACAUGUGCUGCCAGAUGGGCUGUCGCAAGAGCGAUCUCACCUACCUGUGCUGAGGAACGGUGGACCCGGCGUCUCCACCUACCACACAUCCACCACAGAUGUCACCAUGCCUCUCUAAUGGAGCUCUACGGUCUGAUCCAGCACCAUCACUUCAGCACCUGUCCACAGCUUU